UAUACAAAGAUAGUAGAAAACAGCGAUGAAACAGCACUUUUUGAUGAGGUAUUUGAAUGGCCGGUGGCCAGACCAGUGGAAGCAGAAGAGAUUAUUGAUAUACAAGUUUAUAAUUAUAAUAAAUAUCUCAGCAAUAGACUAAUUGGAACAUUCCGAAUGAUUUUACAAGAAUUGAUAGAAGUUGGAAGUGUCAAAAUAUCAGACUCGCUGCUGGAUGCCAACAAUGUUGUCAUGAAGACAACAAUCACCUUUGAGCUGACGUACAAUGCACCAGAUGGCAGUGUGGGUCAUUGGCAGAAAGGAGGCUUCGAGAAACUGACCAGCGAUGAUCUACGGAGACCGUUAUCAGAAGAUGAACGUAAUCAGCUUAGUCUAGAUCGAUCCAGUGCUCUGGGUGAUUCAGAAUCAGUGAUGUCCGACAUGUCAAAAUCAUUGAAAGAUUCCAGACUGAGUAUCGCGUCUCGGACAUCGUCUGUGGUUAAAAAAGUGAUAAAGAAAGAAGUUCUAGCUGAUGAUUCUCAAUUAUUAAUAGACCCGGAGGAAUUGGGUAAGUUGAUGUCAGGAACAGGUUGCGAGAUUAUCUCUGAUGCGUCGUUAACAACCAAUUUUUUUAUAUUUUUCAGAAAGAAACAGAAACCCUUAUUUGAUUCAAUCUCACUGAAUAAAUCACAAGAUUUUCAGGUUUGUAUAACGAUAAUAGAAGCGAGACAGCUGGCUGGUUUAAAUAUGGAUCCUGUUGUCUGCUGUCAGGUUGGAGACAAUAAAAAAUAUACCAGCGUCAAGGAAUCUACUAAUUGUCCCUAUUACAACGAGUAUUUUGUGUUUGAUUUUCACCUACCAGCUGUGAUGCUGUUUGAUAAAAUAAUAACUUUGACGGUACUUCAUUCACGUAAUUUUUUACGUUCCGGCACCGAAAUCGGUAGAUUUAAGAUAGAUGUCGCCACAGUAUACUUAGCUGCGGAUCAUCAAUUUUACCAUAAAUGGGCGAUGUUGACGGACCCAGAUGACCUUGGCAGUGGGGUUAAAGGUUAUUUAAAAUGUGAUAUUUCGGUGAUUGGUAAAGGUGAUUCUGUUAAAGUUCCACCGAAAACAGACAAAGAUGAGGAUGAUAUUGAAGGUAACUUACUAUUACCAGAUGGCGUACCUGCUGACAGACAACGAGCCAAAUUCUACGUUAAAAUCUAUAAAGCCGAGGGUCUACCCAAGAUGAACGCUGGUCUGGUAGCUAAUGUUAAAAAAGCUUUUACAGGAGAAAGCAAUGAUUUAGUGGAUCCUUAUGUUGAAGUUGGUUUUGCUGGACAAAAGGGUCGAACAUCUGUUAAGAAAGGAUCGUACGAACCCAUUUGGAACGAACAGAUUAUAUUUACCGAGAUGUUUCCGCCAUUGUGUCGACGAUUCCGGAUUCAGCUCCGAGACAAGGACAGUGUAAAUGAUCAUAUUAUAGGAACGCAUUUUAUAGACCUAUCACAGAUAUCUAACGAAGGAGAGAAAGGAUUUUUACCAACCUAUGGACCAUGCUGGGUUAAUUUAUAUGGAUCAACGAGAUAUUACCAGUUUAUGGACGAACAUACACAUCUUAACGACGGACUGGGAGAGGGUGUAUCAUAUCGCGGUCGAAUUCAGGUAGCAAUAAAAACAGAGAUUAUGGAUAGUACUGAUACAGGGCCAGCCACUGUUGAAGUUGAAUCAACUCUACCUGUAGCAGAUAAUGCCGCAGGUAAACCUGAAGAAUAUUUUCUAUUUGGUUGUGUGAUGGAAUCUACAAUGAUAGAUAAAAAGAUGUCGGAUAAAUCACUCCAUUUUGAAAUCAGCAUUGGUAAUGCUGGUAAUGUACUAGACGGGUAUAACUGUCCUACAAAGGAUUCGAAGGAUUCUGAAAGUGAUGAGGAGGCUGAUUCCAGAUCUGAGAAUGAGGAUCCAGUGGAACCAGGAAUGAGUUUCAGUGCCAAUAUUCCAAAAUGGAUGAGCACUACUGGAGCAACGAAACCAGUUACGAAGGACAAGAUUUACUAUCAUAUGCCGUACUAUGCAGACAAACCGUGCGUUUACCUCAAGGAGCAGUUCGAAGAUCAUCGCAGACGUCUUUAUAAUUCUAAUAUCAUUGAAAAAAUCAUCGAUAAAUUGGAUGAUGGAUUACAAGAAGUUCAUGAUAUGAUCCGACAAGAAAUCCCGUUUCCAGAGCGACGACUACGGGGAGUGUUUGAAGAAUUAGGUCAUGGAUGUUCCCGUUUUGUUUCCUUGGUGAAAGGAAGUGGGGGUGGAGCCUCAGCUGGUAAAACUAAACUAGAUCGGGAACGUCACAAGAUACUGGUUAGACAAAUGGACCAGUUAUCUACCUUGGCUCGUACUGUUAAAGCCACGAUAACGAAGAAUAAUCUAAAAGAGAAAAUGAGAUCUGGUAAUAACUGUCUGUCAAAACUACGUAAACUUAAAGAUGAGCCCCAGCCAUCUUUACCAGACGUUUAUAUUUGGAUGAUUGCUUCCAAGAAACGAAUCGCUUACCAACGAUUGUCUGCUAGAGAUAUUAUAUAUUCGGUUGUCGAGGAAGAGAAGGGCAAGGAUUGUGGGAAGGUUGUUACCCUAUUGCUCAAGUUACCUGGUAAGAAAGCUGAUGGUGAAUCAGGCUGGACAAUCCAGGCUAAACUACAGUUGUAUAUAUGGUUAGGGUUACUGAAGCAUAAAAAAGACUAUUUGAAGGGACUACCAAUGGGAUACGAGGAAACUAAAGCGUUAAAACAUUCAACUAAAACACAAGCUGUUCCCCCACCAUUUAUAUACUUUACAGAGAAACAGACAUUCCAGUUACGAGCCCACAUGUAUCAAGCGAGACAGUUGAUUGGUUCAGAUGCAUCUGGUCUGUCAGAUCCAUUCGCUCGUAUCGCGUUCAGUGAACAGAGUAUAUGUACACAGGUGAUCGAGGAGACGUUGAGUCCGACCUGGGAUGAGUUUCUGAUAUUAAACGAAGUAGAUGUUUAUGGAUUAAUUGAAGAUAUUGUAGACAACCCUCCCACCAUUAUUGUAGAAGUUUUUGAUCAGGACAAUGUGGGAAAAUCAGAAUUUAUUGGAAGAUGUUUAUGCAAACCUGUUGUCAAACAGAGUACGGAGAAAUACGACCCCCCGAAAUUCCCCCCUCGUCUAGAAUGGUGGGAUAUUACACGAGGAAUGGAUAGGGCGGGAGAAUUACUCGCGGCUUUCGAACUUCUUCAGCUUGCACCGUUUGGUGACCGUGCUGGAUCAGAUCUGCCCCCAAUGGAACUCCCUGAUUUAGAGAAAGAUAGAGGACCUAUCAUGCCAGUACCAAAAGGAAUACGACCCAUACUCAGUACCCAUAGAAUUGAGGUUUUGUUUUGGGGAGUUCGUGAUUUAAAAAGAGUCCAGUUACAGAGCGUGGACCAUCCUAGAAUUGAUAUCGAAUGUGCCGGACAUGUCCUACAGUCAGCCGUUAUUCUUAACUGUAAGAAAAAUCCAAACUUCAGUAUCCCUGUUAAAUUUUUUGAUGUGGAACUACCGGAGAAUGAACAUUACUGUCCCCCUAUCACAAUACGUUGUGUGGAUUGUCGUAGUUUCGGUCGUUAUGUACUGGUAGGAACACACGUUAUCAGUUCCAUUCAUAAAUUUAUGUUCAUCCCUACAACUAAGAAGGCAAAAGCAGCUUUGACAAGGCUAUUCCCAGGUAAGUGGAUACAGGCCAGGGUCUCAGGGGGGGCAAAAUUUUACAAGGGGGCUCAACUAUCUAUUAAUAUGGAUGAGAAUCUACCACUGAUUAAUAAAGAACAGUUUAUUACUGUAGAUACGCUUUAUUUAAAUUUUGUAGAAGUAGACGCCAAGGAAGCAAAAGAGGUAAAGAAAAUGGAAAAAGAAUUAAAAAGACUGGAGAAAAAAGAAUUAGUGGAGAAAAAAAUGACGUCUGCUAAAGCUGCAACCCUUGCUAAACAACUUUCACCAAAAUCUCAACGAAAGAAGGAACAAGUUUUAAAUAAUACAGCUCAGUUAAAGAUAAUAAAACUGAAAAAUUGGUCAAAAAAAUCAGUUGACUUCUUCAUCUCCAAUCCUGAAAUGAUGUUGAAUUUCCAUUUGUUUCAGGUUUACCCGAAUGAACUAGAGAAUCAACCUGAAUUUGAGGGAUUUAAAGACUGGUUACAUACGUUUGAAUUGUAUCGUGGUAAAAAAUCCAGCAUGGAGGAAUCUGAUGAGAACAGAAUCGUAGGGAAAUUUAAGGGAUCUUUAAAGAUCUAUAAAAUUCCGCUUCCCAGUGAUUUAGAAGAUACCACUAUUACAGGGGGAGAUCCACAAUAUGGACUCUUCCAAGGGUUACCUAGCAACGACCCAAUUAAAGUUUUGGUUCGAGUUUAUGUUGUCAAGGCAAAUGACCUUCACCCAGCUGAUAUUAACGGUAAAGCCGACCCCUAUCUGGUCAUACGAUUGGGUAACUCUACUGUCAACGAUAAAGAUAGUUAUAUUUCAAAACAACUUAAUCCUGUCUUCGGAAAAUGUUUUGAAAUCGAAGCCACGUUUCCAAUGGAGUCGUUACUUACAGUACAGAUCUAUGACUGGGAUUUAGUUGGAAUGGAUGAUCUAAUCGGAGAGACGAAGCUUGACCUUGAAAACCGUUACUACAGUCGACAUCGAGCUACUUGUGGAUUGGCUCAAAAAUAUGAAAUACAUGGAUACAACGCCUGGAGAGAUCCUUUAAAACCUGGACAUAUCCUGGCUAAACUCUGUAAAGACAGUAAAGUAGAUGGUCCGUACUAUCAACCAGGGAAAGUCCGUGUUGGAAACAGAAUUUUUACAGCUGCUACUGAAGUUGAAGAUGAAAAUGGUAUCAAAAAGCAAACAGAUGAACAUUUGGCCCUGGCAGCCCUAAACCAUUGGGAUGAAAUACCAAAAGUUGGUUGUAAACUCGUACCUGAACACGUUGAAACACGCCCCCUAUACCACCCGGAGAAAGUCGGUAUCGAACAGGGGAAAGUGGAAUUAUGGGUAGAUAUGUUUCCCAUGGAUAUGCCAGCACCAGCACCACCAGUAGAUAUAUCACCACGGAAACCAAAAAGUUAUGAGUUACGUUGUAUAAUUUGGAACACAGACGAUGUCGUGUUAGAAGAUGAUGCUUUUUUCUCGGGGGAGAAGAUGAGUGAUAUUUACGUCAAGGGAUGGAUCAAAGGCCCUGAGGAUAUGCAGAGUACAGAUAUACAUUAUAGGUCUCUUACAGGAGAGGGUAAUUUUAACUGGAGAUUUCUGUUCCCGUUCGAUUAUCUGGUAGCCGAGGAGAAGAUUGUGAUUUCGCGGAAAGAGACAUUAUUUUCCUGGGAUGAGACGGAAUCGAAGAUACCUGCUAGACUCAAUCUACAGGUCUGGGACGCUGACCAUUUCUCAGCUGAUGAUUUCUUAGGAUCAUUAACUCUAGAUUUAAACCGAUUUCCACGAGGAGCGAAAUCCUCCAAGUUAUGUACGUUGGAUAUGUUGAAGACUGACGGCACUGUUCCACAGAUGUCACUGUUUAAACAUAAACGCGUUAAGGGCUGGUGGCCAUUCGCUGUCAAGAAUCAAGAAACCAACGAUGAACUAGAGUUAACGGGUAAAGUGGAGGCUGAAUUACAGUUGAUAUCAGCCGAGGAGGCUGAGAAACAUCCCGCAGGUCAAGGUCGUAACGAACCCGACCCCCUCGAUAAACCAAACCGACCAGAUUCAUCGUUUAUGUGGUUCAUGAAUCCGUGGAAAUCUAUUCGCUAUAUUCUCUGGCAUAAUUAUAAAUGGGUGAUUUUAAAGUUACUGAUUGUUCUUCUACUGACAAUCUUACUGGUUCUUUUCUUCUAUUCUAUGCCAGGAUACACGGUGAAAAGACUUUUUGGAGCAUAG